CCGCCCUCGCCGCCAUGCAGUCCGCCUGGACUGUUCUCUGGUUGCGCCUGGCUUUGUCCCUGGGCCUGGCCCUCGUUUGUUUCCUGGCUGUGGGGUGGGCUUCGGCCCGGGUCCCCAUCUAUGUCAGCAGCUGGGCCGUGCGGAUGUCCCAGGGUUACCGGGAGGCCGAGCGCUUAGCCUGCAAAUUCGGCUUUGUCAACCUGGGACAGAUCUUCCCUGAUGGGCACUACUUCCACCUGCGGCACCGGGGCGUGGUCCAGCAGUCUCUGACCCCUCACUGGAGCCACCGCCUGCGCCUGAAGAAAGACCCCAAGGUGCAGUGGUUUGAGCAGCAGACGCUGCGGCGGCGGGUGAAGCGCUCCUUGAUGGUGCCCACGGACCCAUGGUUCUCCAAGCAGUGGUACAUGCCCUGCCUGGCACAGAACAACCAGGUGCAGCCGGACCUGAACAUCCUGCAGGCCUGGAGCCAGGGGUUGUCAGGCCAGGGCAUUGUGGUCUCCAUCCUGGACGAUGGCAUCGAGAAGGACCACCCGGACCUCUGGGCUAACUACGAUCCCUUGGCCAGCUACGACUUUAACGACUAUGACCCAGACCCCCAGCCACGAUACACACCCAGUGAGGAGAACCGUCAUGGAACUCGCUGUGCUGGGGAAGUGGCAGCCAUAGCUAACAACGGGUUCUGCGGUAUAGGCGUCGCUUACAAUGCCCGAAUUGGAGGAUGGCUGGAGCUGGCCUGGACGGGUUGUGGUGCGGGUGGGGCUGUCUGCCAAGGCCCAACACCCACCUAUGCAGGCGUGCGAAUGCUGGAUGGCACCAUCACCGAUGUCAUUGAGGCCCAGUCGCUGAGCCUUCAGCCACAGCACAUUCACAUCUAUAGUGCCAGCUGGGGCCCUGAGGAUGAUGGCCGCACAGUGGAUGGCCCAGGCAUCCUCACCCGGGAGGCCUUUAGGCAUGGCGUUACCAAGGGCCGUGGGGGUCUGGGCACACUCUUCAUCUGGGCAUCAGGCAAUGGUGGCCUGCACUAUGACAACUGCAACUGUGACGGCUACACCAAUAGCAUCCACACGCUCUCCGUGGGCAGCACAACCCAGCAAGGCCAUGUGCCCUGGUACAGUGAAGCCUGUGCCUCCACGCUCACCACCACUUACAGCAGCGGCAUUGUCACCGACCCCCAAAUUGUCACCACGGACCUGCAUCACCAGUGCACUGACAAGCACACAGGCACCUCGGCCUCAGCACCGCUGGCUGCGGGCAUGAUCGCCCUGGCUCUGGAAGCGAACCCGUUCUUGACAUGGAGGGAUAUGCAGCACCUGGUGGUCCGUGCAUCCAGGCGGGCACAGCUUCAGGCCGAGGACUGGAGGACCAAUGGUGUGGGACGCCAAGUGAGCCACCACUAUGGCUAUGGGCUCCUGAAUGCCAGACUGCUGGUGGACUUGGCACGCACAUGGCUGCCCACACAGCCCCAGAAGAAAUGCGUCAUUCGGGUGCUGCAUACCCCCACCCCUAUCCUGCCGCUGACGCAAGUGAGGAAAAAAGCGUCGGCCUGUGCUGGUCACACCAACUACAUCCGCUCGCUGGAGCACGUACAGGUGAAGCUGUCAUUGUCCUAUAGCCGCCGCGGGGACCUGGAGAUCUCACUCACCAGCCCCAUGGGCACCUGUUCCACACUGGUGGCCAUCAGACCCUUUGACAUCAGCGGCCAAGGCUACAACAACUGGAUCUUCAUGUCCACCCACUUCUGGGAUGAGGACCCGCAGGGCUUGUGGACCCUGAGCCUGGAAAACAAGGGCUACUAUUUUAACACAGGGACACUGUACCGCUACACACUGCUGCUCUAUGGAACAGCUGAGGACAUGACAGCACGGCCCACGGGAUCCCAGGUGACCAGCAGCGCAUGUGUGCAGUGGGACACAGAGGGGCUGUGCCAGGAAUGCCACAGCCCCGCCUACAUCCUGGGCCACCUCUGCCUCUCCCACUGCCCACCACGGUACUUCAGUCACACCCACCAGGCAAUGACCACUGAGCUGGGGCACCUAGCAAUGCCCGUCCUGCGUGUAUGCUCCAGCUGCCAUUCCUCCUGCUACACCUGCUGCGGCAGCUCCCUGCUUGACUGCACCACCUGUUCUCUACCUUACAUACUGGAUAAGCAUUGGGGCUCCUGCUCAGGGCCUGCCACCCCCAAUGACUACCCCCAGCCCUCCGCAACUGCCCGUCCCUGCCGCCGUCACCUUGGCCCAGCCCAGGCCAUGAUGCUGGCCCUGCUGGCCAUGGCCUUUGGGAGCCCCCUCCUCUGCAGCAUCCUCUCCUUGGGCUGCCCUCCCCCGUGUGUGGGUCCCGCCAGUGCCAGAAGCCACCCCCAUCAAAACCCCAGUACCAGCUGCUGGCUGGAACCCGAAGACAUCUGGCUAGAAGAGUUAACAUUUGCCUCUGCCUAGGCCCCUGAUGGGCACUGCUGUCCCACUCCCUCAUUCCAGAUGAGUACCCAGGGCGAGAACCUGCCCCCAAAAGGCCCUGGCUGGCCAAUGAGGACCGAAGGCCAGGGGUGGCCCUCGUGGAAUCCUAAAGAGAGAGAGAAGGAAGGAAGGAAGGGA